AGACCGGACGGGCGAAGGGAAGAGCGAGCAAAGGUAUAGAUAUUAUCGAGCGCGGCUGGGUGAGCGCCAUCGAUUUUUCCCGGGACGACGGAGCCGGCAUGGAACCCAACAGUCCCCGUAAGAUCCAAUUUACGGUCCCGUUGCUGGAGCCUCAUCUCGACCCGGAGGCAGCAGAGCAGAUCCGAAGGCGUCGUCCGACUCCUGCCACGUUGGUCUUGAGCAGCGACCAAUCGUCACCUGAAAUCGAUGAAGACCGGAUCCCCAACCCGCUUCUGAAGCCAGGAUUGUCAAUGUCCCCAAGGCAGAGGAAGAAGGUCUCUCGCACUACUCCAACCAUGAAAGAGCUCCAGCUGAUGGUCGAACACCAUCUUUGCAAGCAGCAGGGAGAUGAAGAGGAAGAAGACAGUGCUGAGGUACAAGAGUCACACAGUCCAAGCUGCUGCCCUCAUGCCAACAUAGAACCGGCCCACAGUCCCGAAAGCUGCCCUUUGGCUCAAGCCCACGCCCAGCCGGAGUCCCAGGAAAAACCACACUCUGGUCUUGAAGAACAGGGAAAAGUCACAGAAGCUUGCGGUGUAGGGAACUCUGACAAAACGAGGUCUUCCUUGUGCCCAGAAAACCAAGGGAUUCAUAUAUCACUGGAGAACUCCAUGGAGAAGGACAGGCUGCCCAAGGAGUAAGUGAUUCUCUGCUGGAGGCAUAGAGUUAUAGCUGGACACAGGGCUCUUGCAUACCUGAGGAAUAUCACACAGCUCUUCCUUCCUGCCUGCCUGCCUUCCUUCCUUCCUUCCUUCUUCCUUCCUUCCUGCCUUCCUUUCCUUCCUUCUUUCCUUCCUUCCUCCUUCCUUCUUUCCUUCCUUCCUCCUUCCUUCCUUCCUAUGAUUGUUUUUUUUUUAAGAUUACAAUAACUAGGUCAUAUAUUUGUAACGGUCCCGUCUUUAUUUUUAUUUUUUAAAUGGGGAAAAAACAACACUUUUUCCACUUUUUGGGUUUUGUGGCCAGACAGUAGUAGGGAUUUGGCCUAGAAGCACUAGGCAGAUUUUGAUGAGAGAUCUCUGCAUUUGGCCCUGAGUGGCGGCCUAGAUUUCCCAAGCAACAGAUGUGAGGCUGAUAUAGGCCUUCAGGCAAAUCUCUUCCUGGUUGGAUUAUGAUCUCUAUCACUCUGAGCCACACCAGAUGGAGGUAAUGAGAUAGGUAAUCUAGCAUAUGUGAAGGCAGACAAGAUGGGAAGGUGAUCUUAAGCCUAGAACUGGACUACUGUAGACUCCAAGGGUGAGGCCCUGACUUAAUUUCCUGCUGUGCAUUCCCCUGCCUCCGGCCCACUCUGUGUAUGUGUGAAAAAAAAAGAACCAGGAAUUCUACCUCCUGAUGGGCCUCUCUUUGUGUUGUUCCGUAGACAAUCAUUAGAAGUUUCUCCUUGCCGACGUGAUAUAGUACGGCUCAAAUGCCAAUUCAUCUUUUUUCUCUUUUGCUGUUGAAUAGAACUAGGAGGAUUUUCUUACUCCUUUGGCCAGUUUUUCUGUCCAAAGCUAUCACCCUCCAAAGUUGCUUGAGAUUUCAUCUCCACAGGUUUGCCGUCUGUGUGGCUGAAAAUCUGGUCCGAGGAAGGUUUCUCUAGGCCUUGUUUUCUACACUGUAUAUUUUGAUAGCUGUCUUAUUGUUUUCUAAACCUUGUAUUGCUUUCUGCUUUAGCAUAGCUUUUAUGUAUGCUGGAGCCUCUAAUGGCUCCCUCCGAGCAUGCAUCGCAAGGCAGCAAGAAUGCGUACAGCAGAUUUAGGGUGAUACACAAGAUGGACUGCAUGCUGGUGUGCACUGGGCCUGUGUGCAACUGGGCUUCACACCACAAAAGCAACACUUUUCAUCUAGUUGGGUGAAGAGACAAUAUGAUUCUUGUCAUGGCACUGUGCCUCACCUCAAAGCCUCAUCUGGCCACUCCAAUAGCUGGAAGAAGAGUCCAGGAGCUUCUGCAUGUUUGUCUCAUGUGGGCAGAAUGCACUUGUGACUCCUGGAACUGUUAGCAAAGCGAUGGGAAGCAAAGGAUUUGGAGAUGGGACAUGUUGCUUCGGGAUGCAUGGUGUAAAUUUUCAUCAAAAAGAGCCAAGCCCACCUUGGAAGCUCUGCACAGCCCCAGUAUACUCACAGGUGGGCCACACAGUUACCAACCUGGACCUGAAUAAGAGAAUUUUAUCUUCUGGUGUUGUGGGGCAGGGCCCCUUUAGCUGUUUUCAAACCCAUCUCUUGGUUCCAGUUCUAUUCUGCUGAAUCCUGCCUCCUUAUUAGGUAAGGAAAACUGGGCAGCUCUGGUCCUUUCUGACACCUCUUGAUUCCCCUUCUAGUGGAGAUACACCAACAGUACCAUCCAGCAGUGCCUUCCGAGAACAAACCAGCAUUUCUGCUGUCACACCUACAGGCCUCUGAUGCACAUAUGUGCAUAACCUCCAAGAGUUGCCAUGCAAGUAUUACAAGAUCAUGAGUACUGGGAUACAUUAUAUAUAUAUUUUAUA